CUAAAGGAAAUGAAAAAAAGAAAUCAGGGUAAAUUGAGUUCUGAUUAACAAUCCCCCUUAAGCCUUCUAACCGAGACUUGCAAGUGCUGGGGGAUGCUGGGGAUGCUGGGAUCGGUUUUCUGGGCUGCUGGUCAUUGGAGGAGCCUCAAAUUUCUCAGACUUCCUGGAAUGUUUAUUGUCUAGGAGAGAGGAAGCUGGGGUUGAGCAAGGGGCUGUGAACUUGGGUCUCCUGGUCCUCACGCGUGUUGAGCCCUCUCUGCCUCUCGCAGGGUGGCCAUGGCAUCCAGAGAUUGGAGACCGAGUUUCAGCUUGGAUCGGGAAAACCUGCGUGUGCUGCUUCUGGAGCUUGAUUCACAGCUGGGGGCCCAAGAGGUGGAAAGCCUCAAGUUUCUCUGCCUGGGUUUGGUCAGCAAAAAGAAGCUGGAGCAGGCGGACUCGGCCUUGGAUAUUUUUGAGCUCCUUUUGUCCUACGAGCUGGUGCAAGAACAGAAUACCUUCUUCCUCGCGGAACUCCUCUACAUCAUCAAGCAGAUCAAACUGUUGCAGCACCUCGGGUACAGCAAAGAGUUGGUGGAGUGUCUGCUGCCCACGCGAAGGAAGGUGCCUCUGUUCAGAAAGAUGCUCUACGACCUGUCAGAAGGCAUCAGUGCAGACACCUUAAACAGCAUGAAGUUCCUUCUGGGAGGGUCACUGCCCAAGUCUGAGAUGGACUCUCUGAAGUUUUUAGACUAUCUGGAGAAACAAGGUAAAAUACGGGAAAAUGAUCUGACGUUCCUAGAAGAACUCUGCAAAAAAGUCGCCCCUUGCCUCACAAGAAUAAUAGAGAAGUAUAUAAAAGAGAAAGCUGCUGUAGACAAGGAAACUGAGCUAUUGCAACAAGAAGAGGAAGAGAUAAUUUCCCAGUCAGACAUUGAGCAAUUCAAUGGAGCCUUACCGGCCACUAUGUAUAGGAUGGAUCAGAAACACAGAGGCCAUUGUGUCAUCAUCAACAAUGAGAUAUUUGCUGCUUCCCUGUCAAAUAGGCAUGGGACCCAGAAAGAUGUGGAGUGCCUGACACAAGUGUUUCAGUGGCUUGAGUUUACAGUCAGUACGUAUAAUAAUCAGACGAAGGAAGCCUUAGAGGCACUGCUGCAGCAGGAGAAGCAACACCCAGACCAUGAGCAUGCAGACUGCUUUGUGUUCUGUGUCCUGACACAUGGCGAGUUUGGAGCUGUCUACUCUUCUGAUGCAGCCCUCAUUCCCAUCCGGGAGAUUGUAUCUCACUUCACAGCCCAGCAAUGUCCAGGAUUGGCUGGCAAGCCUAAGCUGUUCUUCAUCCAGGCCUGUCAAGGGGAGGGGAUGCAACCUGCUGCAUCCAUCCAAACUGAUGCUGUGAAUCCGGAGUGUGUAACUCCUUCCCUUUGGGAAAGCAUCCCUGAUGAGGCAGAUUUCCUGCUUGGUCUGGCUACAGUCCCUGGGUAUGCAUCUGUUAGGCAUGUGAAGAAUGGCAGCUGGUAUAUUCAGUCUCUCUGUGAACAUUUGAAAGCCUUGGUCCCAAGAGGUGAAGACAUCCUAUCCAUCCUCACAGCUGUUAAUAAUGAUGUGAGUCAACAAAAGGACAGAAGUGGAAAAAUGAGACAGAUGCCCCAGCCUGCUUUCACAUUAAGGAAGCGACUAAUAUUUCCUGUGCCACAGGAGCAGCCUUCAUCAUAGAAGGGAAUUUGAUGGACUCAAGGGCUUGAAAGGAACCUUUGAUCACAUCCUCUUGCCUCCCAUCCAGCAUGGGAACCUGUGACAGAUGAUGAGCUGGUCUCCACCUGUCCUCUAUUUUCUCAAUACAUCAAUUCUGACCUUUUUUGAAAAUACUAUU